UCGCUUCCUCACGCGCCGCUCUCCAGUCCCGGAAGGAGGAAGAGGUUUCACAGAGGGAAGAGAAGAAAGUGUGUUGACAGCGGAAACAAGAUCUAAGUCACUGAGCUCUUCUCUCUCCUCAUCGGUCCCGGGUCGGGUGUUGGUGUCUGGACUCAGCAGGAGCCCUCAAGGGAUGGAACAUGGCCACAACUGAAACACAGCUUAUGUUAAGCGUCGGGUUGAUCGAGAAAGAUGUGAAUGGAGACACACUGUGGGUGUGGUGCUUCCCCUCCGUGGACCCAGACGUGAGACCAGUCCUGCUCAGUAAGUGCUGUCUGACACAGGAUGGCCGGGACCUCCACACCUUUGUGUUUGGUCAGUUCCGUCGUGCGUGGUACUACAUCACCACAGUGGAGGUGCAGGAGCCCACAGCUCUAAAGAAGGUCACUCAUUUUUCAAUAGUUGUUACAGCAAAAGACUUCAAUCCUGAGAAGUACUCUGCUCUCAGUAGAAUCCUCUGCAGGAUGUACAUCAACGAUGGCAGCCCAGUGAAGAUGAUGGAGGCGUACCUCACUGUUCUUACUAAAGGAAUCUGUCAGAGUGAUGAAAAUGGCUCGUUUCUCAUUAAGGACUAUGACGUGCGGAGGGCGUACCUGGCUGGUUCCAUCAAAGAUGUGGUGUCUCAGUUUGGUUUGGAGACUAUCAUCCUGUACACCGCUCUCAUGCUGAAGAAGAGGAUCGUCGUCCAUCACCCUCGGAUUGAAGCCUUGUUGGAGUUUACGAGAGUUCUGCCGGCUCUGACGUGGCACAGGAAGGACUGGUCCAUCCUGCACCCCUACGUGCACCUGACCGAUCCUGAGCUAGAGGAUUUAAAGAAAUGUCCCGGUUACGUUGCAGGAUUUGUGGAUCCGGAAGUGAGCAACAGAUCGGACUUGUUUGAUGUGUACGUGAACCUCACUGACAGCGUCAUCACAGUUUCCCAGAAUGCCAAAGACGCCAUGACUAUGGGGAAGUUACACAAGGAGGUCGGUCUCCUCAUCGUCCAAUCAGCGGAGGACAGCGAGAGGUCAGACAGUCAGGUGAUCAAGGACAUCUCUGUGAAGACCAAAGAGAUCCUGGCAAACCUGGUCGCCCUGGCAGACGAGUGUGAAGACUCUAAACUCACUCUGGAGGGUUUGAAGCAGCAUCACUUCCCUCCUGCAACAGAGAACUUCCUCUUCCAUUUGGCAGCGGCUGAGCAGCUCUUAAGGAUAUAAACCUGUUUUCAGACGCUGCAGAAUCACGAGACUGUCGUCAGCUUUGACUCCGGCUCAAAUCUUUUGUACGUGUUGGGAUAAAUAAUGUUUUCUAAAAGGCUUGUACAGACUUCUGCCGUUAUCAGGAGGGUUUGCACCAGACGUUUAUAACAGGAACCUGCGUCUGAGGUAGGAAAGUGGCGCUAGCAUCAAAUUUGAACUCGCAUUGUUGCUAAUAUGAGACACGACUCAACUUUCUUUUAACAAUAUUUUAUUUUCUUCCUGCCAACAAAUCCCAUGAAAAGACCAAAUCCAAGGUCUGAUUAGAUUUGAUUGAUUAUAUCUUAUCCAGGACAAGCUAUGUAACGAUGUAUUUGUGAAUUGUUUAUAAAGGAAUCAGACAUUUCAUCGUGUUGAAGUUGUUACGUACGUAAAGUGGAUUCGGGUCUUUUCAUGGUAUUUGAUUAAGAAAUAAGUAUAAAAAACAUUUAUUUUAACAUUAGUAGCUAUGGACAAUUAGGAGCCACAGUAUUUGUCUCAAAUGUCAUAACGAAAAA